UGCAGUGGUGCACUUCACCACCGGGGGGCGACAGACUUCCAUUCCCUUGAGCGACCGACAUUUAUCCGCAACACGUUGUUGACUCAUGAACCAGGAAGAGCCGCCGGCCAUACAUUUCAUCCAUUUUUACAAAUCUGUAUUAUGCUUUCAUUUGCACUGACGAUCGUUCGGCAUGGGGAAACACAAUAUAACAGAGAUAAACUGCUUCAAGGUCAGGGCAUCGACACACUGCUGUCGGACACGGGACAUCAGCAGGCAGCGGCGGCCGGACAGUACCUCAGAGAUCUGCAUUUCACCAAUGUCUUCGUCAGUAACCUGCAAAGAGCCGUCCAGACAGCUGAAAUCAUUUUAGGAAACAACCUUCAUUCUUCUGCGACUGAGAUGAUAUCGGAUCCUUUACUCAGAGAGAGGGGUUUUGGGGUGGCAGAGGGAAGACCAAAGGAACAUCUUAAGAACAUGGCGAACGCAGCGGGUCAGGCCUGCCGAGAUUAUACACCGCCCGGCGGAGAGACGCUGGAACAGGUAAAGACGCGCUUUAAGAAGUUCCUCAGAUCCUUGUAUCAGCGCAUGUUAGAGGAGCACGGCUCAGGCGACCAGCGUUCUGCGUCCACCUCUGGACCAUCAGAACCAGAACAGCCUGUGAUUGCUGGACUAGCUAACGAUGGAGUCCAGAGCGUACCUGUCCACACUCUGAUCGUCAGUCACGGGGCGUUUAUCCGUGUGUCUGUGCGCCACUUAGUGGAGGACCUGCAGUGCCGUUUGCCCGCAGGCCUGAAGAUGAGCCAGGUGUUCUCCCCGUGCCCAAACACUGGCAUCAGCAGGUUCAUCAUCACCCUCCGCAGAGAGGAGAGCGGCCCACGGGCCUCCCACAUCCAGUGUGUCUUCAUCAACCGGAAAGACCACCUGGAUGACAGUUUUAUGAGGUGUAUCUGAGACUGGUUGGUUUAUCUGAAAUGGCCAGUGUUUGUAUUUAUUGCUCCUUACAAUCUCAACAACUGAAGCACAUGCAAGUCUGUGUGGUUGAUUUUAUUGUGUAAAUGAUUGAACUGUUAUGCUUUAGAAAGACAUAUGACUGCAUUAAAGGGAUAGUUCACUUAAAAAAUG